AUGCAGUGUACCGAUGAUAUCGGAGGUAGCCCAGCGUCGCGUACUUUUAUUUUCAUUCGCCCAGUAAAACCUUGUGCUUCCGAUAACAUUGCUGUAGCUCCAUCAGUAACAACAUUACGCAAACUUUUGACUAGUAUACCCAUGUCAUUCAUUGUGUAUUCUACAGCAUCAAAAAUAUCUUCUCUGACCAUUGUAUAUUUGAGCGGGAUAACGUCUAGACGCCAAAAUAUACCACUUAGAGGGUAUAGAGAUAGGGGACGACUUUUUUCUAAUGACAGCACGAAUGACGAGGAUGUCCUUAAUAAUGAAGGAAAUUUUAGAGAACCAAUAGGGUUUAGAGUCGAGAGCGGCGAUAAUUUAUUUAAAAAGAAAAACAUAGAGAACUCAAAAGCGCAUGCUACGUACAUAAGCAGCCGCAUCCAAAAUGGAAUUAUAGAAUGUUGUGGCGAAGAAAUCUUGGAUAUAGUUUUAAGUAGCAUCAGGCAAAGUCAGUAUUACAGUAUUAUAUUUGACGAAACUACAGACAUUAGCCAUAAAUCACAAAUGUCAAUCGUAUUGAGGUAUUGUUAUCAAAAACAUAUUUACGAGGACUUCAUGGGAUUUGUGGAUUGCUAUUAA